AUGGAGGGGAUCGACCCCGACGUGCUCCUGGAAUGGCUCCAGACGGGUAUUGGUGAUGAACGAGACCUUCAGGUUCGUUUUGAGAAAAAAAAAGUCGAUCUAGCUCCUGUUUUCGCCUUGUAGUUGAGUUAUGAAGCUUUAAGAAGGUCUCGAAUAGCGACUUUUUCCAUAAUUUGUGUGAUUUGCGAACUUUGGAGCUUCAAAAUUUUGUUAUGAGGAAGAAGCCAGAAAUUUUUUUUUUGUUUUCAAGUUUUCAAGUCUCUGAAAUUGGCUGUAGCGAAGUUCCAUAAAAGUUGAACCGGAAGCUGGAAAAUCUUCCUUUUCGGCGAUAAUUCAGAGAAAUUAUUUUGACAAGCCUAUGAUGUAAUGUGUGUGAAAAAUGUACAGAUGGAUUAUCAAGUAAUAAAUAAAUAGGAAUAAUUCAGAGGUUAAUUGAGAGGGUAUAUAAUCAUAUUUCCUUGCAGCUGAUGGCUCUCGAACAACUUUGUAUGCUUUUAUUGAUGGCCGACAAUAUUGAUCGGUGUUUUGAAUCGUGCCCACCGCGCACAUUUAUUCCGGCGCUGUGCAAGAUUUUCCUCGACGAAACCGCGCCCGACAAUGUCUUGGAGGUGUGAUUCCGUGUCUGCCACCGUUAUCGAUUGAAUGCAACUUGAGUGAAAAAAAAAAUACGCUUCCAGGCAAUUUAAAAAUAAAAAGAAAGUGUUUGAUGCGUAAAACUCAUAUGCCAGAUAUUUGAAAAGAAAACUGUAAUUUUAAUUUUUUGGGAUAGUUACCUGAAAUAAUGACGACUAAGGGACUAUAGGUCACGUUUGGCUAGAAAUCUCAUUUUUUUUUUUAGAAUCAUCUCAUUUAAAUCAUUGUUUUCAAAGUGAUUUUGCGGAAUUUAAAAUAGCCGUCAGAGAAAGAAAAAGAUAACUAAAUUUUUGGGAGUCAGAGAUGGUUUCGAAUGACUAAAGAAACUAGAGAAAGAAAACACUAGAGUCAACCUAAUGUUGUUAUUGAAGAGGUUACGCUUGAACUUUGUUUCCUUGACGAUUUUAUCGAGAAUGAAAUUAAGGUGACGGCUCGUGCAAUCACAUAUUACUUGGACGUGUCCAACGAGUGCACUCGCCGAAUCACUCAGGUCGACGGCGCUGUCAAGGCGAUUUGCGCCCGACUCGCCGCGGCUGAGAUGACCGACAGGUCCAGCAAAGACCUCGGUUCGUUGGGAUUGAAAUUUGAACAAAAGUGAUAAUUUUUUGGCUUUCGAAGUUCAUUGAUACCUUAGAAAACUUUGAAAACAUUUGUUUCAAAAUACAAUUUUGCGCACUCUUUUUCGUGGUUUACAGAAAAUUCUAGAGUUUCAGUAAUCUUGAGGUGCUUGAGAACUGUUAUGAGAAGGGGAGAAAUACCUUUGCAAAAUAAUUCGAUAGAAUGUAAAAAUAAUAUUCUAGAAUUGGUAUAGUCUGUUCAGAUUUUGAAUGUCAAGUCGUCGCUCAAGCUCCGCCCAUAAUGGUGCGAUAAACCAAUCAGAGAGCGAGCCAUCCACAGAGCGUUUUCGAAUGACGUCAUUCUACUUGACAUUCAGAAUCUGAACAGACUAUAGCAUUCGUUUCAAGACACGAUUUUGCGGAAUUUUUCCGUGAUUUUUAGAAGAGAAAAAUUAAUAACUUCAAGUGAUUGAUAACGGUCGUGAGAAGUGGAAAACAACCUUAAAAAGAUAUUUUGAACUAAGUUGAGAUUUUUGAAACUGGAGUUAUAAUUGUCUGCAAUGAAAAAUAAACUGGAUAAAUUUCCAAUUCUCAAAAAGAACAUUGAAAGCGGGUUUAGACCACAAAGUAUCAGGUAAUUUUCAUAAUUUUUGUCUUUUUAUAGGUAUUUGUUGAAGAAAAAAUAUAUCCAUGUUUAGCUGAGCAAUGCGUGAAACUGCUCGAGCACGUUUGCCAGCGCGAAACUUUGGCCGUCUAUGACGCCGGCGGCAUCAACGCCAUGCUCACUUUGGUCCGACAGCAUGGCGGCCAAGUUCAUAAAGUAAAAAACUACAAAAAAGGAUUAUAGACUAAAAAAGCUAUUCUUUAGGACACUAUGCACUCGGCGAUGUCCGUCGUGACACGUCUUUGCGGCAAAAUGGAGCCCAACGAUUCAGAACUCCCGAAAUGCGCCGAAAGUCUCGGCGCCUUGUUGGAACAUGACGAUCUUAAGGUGAAAAAUUGAAUUUAAAAAUAAUAUUAAUUAAGUUUCAAGUAAAUAAAGCUUAAAAAAAUGGUCCUGAAGAAGAGUGACGGUGACUUGAAGAGACGCCAGAGAAAUGAAAAAUCUUCCUCUUGCGUCUCUUCAACCUGUCUUUGUUCUCUCGCCAUGCAUUUUUUCGAGGUUUUUCAGUUCAAUCGGAAAAUAUGUAGUAUUCUACAAUAUUUUAAAAGGAACCUUCUUAUUAGACAUUGAAUAAUGAUGAUAAUAAUGUAACUUGACAACGAUUGAUACAACUUCCAUUAAAUUUUGGAGUUCCUAGCUAAAUAAUAGUUAUUUUUUAUUUAAAAUAUGAAUUUACUUUUAAAUAAACACGCAGGAUCAAAAAAAUGAUAAGAAAAAAAGAUUUUUUUGUUUUGAAAAGUAAUAAAAGACCAUGACCGCCUUUCAGUAUUCAUGUUUCAUAUAUACAUCUUUUCCUCAAGUUUAUACUAUUUCCCUUCAAUUUUCUCUUUUUUGCAGGUCUCCGAAAGCGCUCUCCGCUGCUUUGCCGCGUUGACGGACCGUUUCAUCCGCAAAAUGAUGGAUCCGGCCGAAUUAGCCCUCCACAGCAACCUCAUCGAACACUUGUUGGGCACUCUAUCCAAUAACGAUACCUCAAAUUCUGCAAACUUUGUCUCCAUUGUACUCUCUUUGCUCAGCAAUCUCUGCCGCGGCAGCUCGGCGGUUACCGAACAGAUUUUGAGGUGAGUGCGGGUUCAAGAAGAUAUAUGAAAGUGCUUUUUUGGGGUUGUUCCAAAUAUCAUUUCGUCUUUAUAAUGCCUUGGAGAGACUUGGAUAUUUUUCGGGUACUAUUGUUACAGAACUUGAAGUGGGCGUUCAUGAAAAGAAAAUAAGACUGUAUUGAUUUUUUUAGGGCUGUAUCAAUUUUCGGCAUUAAAUUGAAUAUUUUCGGGUGCUAUCUUGACAGAAUUUGAAGUGAAUGGGUGUUUGAAAAAAAGGGGUUCUGUUAAGUUCUUAAGAUUCUAACAAGUUCCGACAUUGAUUUAACCGAUUUUCGGGUUCCAUUGAAAAAAAAAAUGUGUUCCGCGAACUUUUAUCACUUUUUUUUAUCAAGCACUAGUGUCAGCUCACCUUCUAGAACCAGAGUCACUAGAUGAACUUUUUUUAUUCUUAAAAAAAUUAUUCAACUUUUUAGCGCUCGUAACUUGCCUCACAGGCAUUUUUCGUCCGUUUUUGAGCACAGAUUUGGAAUCAGCGUGAAAAAAACUGCAUCUAGAAGACUUUCAAAUACAUGAUAGGGACACUGUAAACGGAUAGUAAUCUUGAAUAAAAAAAUUGGAAAGAAGUUUUACUUUACAUUAACAAGUAUCUCUCCCUAAAUUCGAAUGACUAAUUCUUUUUACCCUCUGAAAACGAGCAAUUUUUCAGCUCACCAAAUAUCAUGCCAGCACUCUCGUCGGUGCUCACGAAUAAGGAAGAACGGGUGGUGACGGAUGGCCUCCGGCUCGUCGACCUCUUGUUGGUCUUGCUCUGCGAGGGAAGAUCUGCUCUGCCGCACACGGCUGCGGUUCGUUUCGUUUCGGAAAAGCUCUUAUGAGAGAGAUAAGAGCUAGAGAAAUUGAAAUGCGAACAAACUACACAAAUGUUCACCUGAUCGGACCUUGUUUCAUUUGAUGUUUAGUCAGUUCGAAGAUAUUUUCUUGAGUGCCUGAAGGAUCAUAGAGAAAAUUCCAAGGUCUUGAGGGGAAGGCUAUUGGCAGAAAACAAAAAAAAAAUUCAACUUAAAAUUAGAAUUUUUCAUUUUUUGGAUUUUUGACCUCAAGAGAAUUGGGAUUUAUCACAUUGUUCAAAAAUGAACUAAACAAGUGAGCGUUUUCAGAGAAAAUUCAACCGUUUUAAGCCCCAAUUUGAAAAUAUCCAUAUAAACACCUCAUUAGCUGCUAGUUUGAAAAAAAAAAUAUGGAAAAAACGCCUGAAUCUUUUCAUUUCACACAUUAUUCUGUCAGUCUUUUUGAUUUUUUUUUAAAUAAUGUCUCACGGCAAAGUUUUAUAAAUUUUUGAAAAAUAUAUGAAAUUUUUAAGCUUGAUGCAUUUGGAACAAUUAUAUGACAAAAUUCGAAUUUUUAUACAUAGUGAAAAUAAAGACUGAUUUUGAUCAUUCUGAACGAACUUGAAUUUUAAAUCUUCGUUUCCAGGUCUCCGGAGACUCGGCAGGACCAUCCGGCGGCGCCGAACGGGUCCAUCGUCACCUGAUCGACGCGAUCCGCCAGAAAGAUCUGACCACUCUGGUCGACGCCAUCGAAAACGGGACCGUCGAUGUCAACUUCACGGACGACGUCGGUCAGACCCUCUGCAACUGGGCCUCUGCCUUCGGAAGCCUGGAGAUGGUCCAGUAUCUCUGCGACAAGGGCGCCGACGUCAACAAGGGCCACAAGAGCAGCAGCCUUCAUUAUGCGGCCUGCUUCGGACGGCCUGAUGUGGGGAUUCAUCGUCUUUUUGAGCUGUUUUCUCUAUUUAUUCGAUUUGCAGAAAAACAGAACAGCUUUUGAAAAAUGAAUUGAAAAAGAUAAAACACCUCGAGAAGCUUUUCAUCGAAAUCGAUGGUCAUUUGAGGAAAAUUAGAUACAAAAAGGAAAAACUCUGAUGAGAAGCAAAGAUUCAGUUUCACUAUGCCGAUUUGAAAGAAUCUUUAAGUUAAAUUUUAAAAAUAGUCCUAGAAAAAAGUGAAAGAAUUCGGUUGAAUCAUCAAUUUUGUCUGUAAUUUUGCGUUCAAGCGCUCUGACGAAUCGACCUGUUAGAGUGAAAAUCGAUGAUCAUUUCCGACUAAAAUGAGAUAUUUUCCUACAGACGAGUUUUUUUCUCUUAUAGCAUUAUUGAUUGUGCUGUCAAGUCUUCAUCUGUGAAAUUUGAAAACGAUGGUUAUUUCUAAUCAAAAUGGUAUAUUUCCCUUCAGAUCGUCAAGCUUCUGCUCCAACGCGGCGCGAAUCCCGAUUUGCGGGACGAAGACGGCAAAACGGCUCUGGACAAGUCGAGAGAGCGCAGCGACGAAGAUCACACUCAAGUCGCCCACAUUUUGGAGAGCCCCAGCGUUUAUAUGCAUGCCAGUGAGCAUUGAAUUUUCGCUUGUUUUGAGCAAUAUUUCGAGGGAAAGUGGAUGAAAGAAAAAUGAGAAGAAAAACAAUUCAGAACGUUUAGAAAAAAAUUAAUAGUUCUUUAUUUUUGUUCUACAACUUUUCAAGAAAGGGCAAAUAUUUCAUUAUUACGAGCGCCGUGAUAAAUGAAAAUAAGAAAAAAAAAAGUUUCAGAAUGUCUAGAAAAUCGUGGGAAUUUUUCAUUUUGUUCUAAAGUUUUACAAGAAAGUGAAAGUUUCAAUAAUUAAAAGUUCUCAAAAAUCUCCCUGUUUUUGCAUUAUUGUCUGAAGUUUGCAUUAUUCUAGAAACGGAUGAGACUAAAACGAAGAAAGAUUCGCCGGCGACUCGAAAAAUGAGCACGAACAGUGAACUUCCUGACCGAGCCCUGGUCACGAGAGUUUUGCAGCAACUUUUGCCGAUAUUCUGCGAAAUUUUCCAGGUCUUUUGAAAUAUUUUAACAGUUUCCUAAUGGAUAAGACUUUAGAAAUCGCUCAACGCAAACGUCCGCCGCACUUCCUUGUCUCUGCUCCGAAAAAUCGUCGAACACAGCGAUUUGAAACAAGCCGCUUCUAAUGGUGCAUAUUGGGAUUGUUUUUCAAAUUUACAAGUGAAAAAAGAAAAAAAAAUUUAUUUGUUCCAAAAACCAGUUUAUUUUUGAAGAUACCUCGAUCCGCAGCUCGCCAGCGGAUAUUUCAGCCGGCGCCGAAAGUUUGGUGGCCGUCGUUGUCUCGGUUUUGGAUCAAGAAGAUGAUCACGAAGGACAAGAACAAGUUCUUCUGGUAAACAGCCUCAAGUCGAACGGCUAACAGCUAUAAAACACGAAUUUAGAUCCUCUCAUCGCUGCUGAGGAAAGACUCCGAGUUCUGGGUCACAGAGUUGGUCCGUCUCGGCGUUUUCGAACGCGUCAAAGCGAUGGCCAAGGAGCCGCCACGCGGGUUCGACGACCAAAAUGAGGAGGACCUCUCCAUGGAGGAUACUACGGCAAGAAUCAGCUCCUUGAGCAGGUUUGUAAAAUAUUCAGAGAGAAAAGUGAGUAUUCUGAAAAGAAGAAAAAACUUUCUUAUGAGUAUUCUGGAGCCUUACACCAAUAAGUCAAAGUACCCGACUUUUCACGUUAUCACAUUUCCAGAUCAACCGCUUCAACACCAUCAAUCGCCAUGGAAGCCGAAAUCGAACAGCGUGCGACGCCGAUCGGAGCCGGUGAUGAGAAUGAACGCGAACGAGUCGCAAUGCUGAACAUCGCCGUCGAAUCCGACGGCGACCUCGUCACAGCCACUCAGACGCCUCCUCCCACCGUCGAAGUCGGCGAGGUCGAGGCCACCAUCAGCGCGCCUCGACAAUCCUCCGCUUCUGCCAUCUUGAACGUCGUCUCGAAGCUCAGCGGUUCGUCUUCCGCCGCCGACAAGAAAUACAAGAUGAACCUGGUGCCGGGCGUCGCCUACCGCUGGAAGGAGUGGAGGAUCUCCCGGGGCACGGAGUCGCUUUUCGUCUGGAGCGAUGUCCUUCUGAUUGAGCUCGCGUGAGUGUCAGAUUUGAUGAAUGGAUGAUAUCUUGAAGCAAAAUAAAUAAAUAGUAGACAGUUUCAUGAAGAUUUUGUGAAGUGAAGAGAUAAGCCACAUUUGAAGUUUAUCCUUUAAAUUGAGCUUUGCGUGACAAAAAAGGAUAGGCUGUAGAAAAGUAUUAACGAAAGAUGACUCCAUGUAGGCCAUUCUAAGAAAUCUCAUGGUAUAAAUUAAGAGUGUCCGGUUAAACAAAAAAAUGGUUAGGUUGUGUGAAAGUAAUGUGACAAGGAGAUAGCUUCACGAUUUCGUCUCUUCCAGGUUCGAUAGCAACGGCUGGUUCCGCUACCUGGUCGACAACGAAGUCCACACGAUGUACGUCAGCGGAACAGUCGCCACCGAGUCUGCGACAACGACUGACGAGAACUUGCGGAAAGAAAUGGUGGCUCGUUGGAAGCUGACCAAAGCUCCCUUCGACGACGACAACGUUAUGCCGGCUAGCGUCCUGGGCAUUCCCAGCAAUAACAAGAAGGUCUUGAAGUUGAGAAUAUCAUUGAGUUGUGAGAAGUUGGGCAGUAAAAAGUCUGUGAAAAACAUUUUAGAAACUGUUGUAGACAUAUUAAGAAGGUUCUGAAAACGAUGUUUUUUUGCAGCUGGAAGUGCCAGUCUGGGAGCUGUGGAGCACGAGAACCUCCGAGUUGAUGUUCCGUUGCACUCAUGAGAACUUGAAGUCUUCUGACAACUCGACGGCCCUCACGACCACCAUCAAAGACGAUUCCGGCGGCUUUGUCUAUGAAAGCAGCUCCGGACGGAAACACAACGUCAUGCCUGAGACGGCCCUUCCCAGCGACUUCCACACUGGUUUUUGAGUAGCCCCUGUAAAAUUAAUGAUUAUUCGUAGGAUGGAGCGCUCACGGCGUUUCGGGACGACGCAUCAAGUUCCGAACGGAGAUCCAACGCCGGAAAGUCCAAGGACUCGCCUGGAAGCUUUGGAUCGACCAUCUGAAGGAGGCCCAGGCCAAGCCCCGAGAGGCGCUGGUCCGAUUGGAGAAGGCUGUGAAAGUCAUUGAUGUGGGUAAAAGGAGAAAGAGAAAAUUUUAUAGAAAUCCUGAAGAGUUUUUUGUACUAAAUGAGCUUUCUCGAAGUCCUGAACUGCGCAUUUCUUAUUUUCAGAGUAAAAAAGUGGUUAGGCUCUUAUUUCCUGCAUGACGUCAAACAAAAGCAUUUUUAAGUUUUCGAACUACCAUCUAACCACAGAAGAUGAGAAGAACUUUUUAAAAGAAUUUCAAAAACCUCUCUAAAAGUUGUAUACUAGUAAAAUCUUUCAGGACGCCGUCCGUGUGGCCAACGCCUCAAGCUCCGCCCUCCGAACCAUGAAGCACAAGAACAUGAAGCAACCGAGAAUCGAAAGGGUCCAGGACAUUGUCUCGGCGAUGAAAGUCCUCUACGACUCAAUCGUGGACGAUCGCCGUCUCUCCACCUUCGAGUUCACCGUCUCGGGCAUCGUCCUGACUCUCAACCAGCUCCUGGAGCUCGUCGAACGUCAUCCGGACUCGUAUCCUGCCACCAUCUUCAAGGAGACCUUCUCCAACGGCGACGCCUUGUCUAGACUGGCUCUGAAAAUGGUCGCCGUCCUGGAGGCUUCCGAAAAGUUCCCCCAGUACUUGUACGACGUUCCUGGCGGUUCCGCCUUUGGUCUCCAGCUUCUUUCCCGUAGAGUUCGCUCCAAAAUCGAGCUGGCGCCGCCCGUCGACGGCAAGGAGAACGAUGAAAAUCAUCUCUUGAAUAAGUAAGCUUUAAAUAUACGACAGAAAAUCUGAGAAAGAAAAAAUGACACUAAACCAAAGGAGAAAAUAUUUUAGGGUUUUACGGCAAACUUGUGACUUUUUAGGUCUUUGAAAGUUUCUCAGACCUUUUUCUGUAGGAGAAAAUUGAUUUUUUUUUUCUAGGAGCGGAAAAGUUGUCAAAUGCGAACCUUUGGCCUCGGUGAACCAAAUGAAGCAAUUUUUGCUGAAACUGGUCGCCAAGCAAUGGCACGACCGCGAAAGGAGCACCCAUCGUUAUGUCAAGAUGAUCAACGACGCCAAGACGAGGAACGAGGCCCUGCCCUUCCGAUACACUAGCGAUUUCGAUGAUCAGGGUUUUGAAACGAAAAAAGAAUGAUUUGCUCAUAAGAGUUUUAGGAAUCAUUUACUGGCUUGGCACGAAUGGCCGUGGCGUUUCCGAUUGGACUAAUCCGGCUUCGAUCAAUGUCAUUAAGGUGAAUAGUUGUAGGGGAAGGGUGUGAGAAAAAAAAAAUCGAACUUCGAAGUGUAAAUUCGGUUUUAAAAGUAUGAAUUCUACUUUAAAUCGUAUAUUUUCCAGAUUAUUUUUUUUUUCAAAAGAAAUUGUUUAUGACUUUAUGCUUUUCUUGUGAAAGAAAUUAUUGGUAGAUACUUUUUUUGUUUUAAAAUUUCUAUGAGAAGAAAAGGAAACUUCAAAUUUGAUUUUUAAAUCCUUACUUCCUUUUUUUCGGCUCUUAAAACUUCAUUCAAAGUUCUGAUUUUUCCAGGAUUACUAAGGCUAUUUUAAUGUUAGAGCAGCUUCUCCUAAAGAUUGUCUUAUUUCCUAGCGAAGAGUCUUUUUUAAUUUUUCAGAGACCCUAAUUUUUUUCCUCCUACUUUUUACGAAAAGCUGUAAGUUCAGAUCGCCUCCUCGGACGCCCGACAACCUUUCGGAAAACCAGAAGACGUCGUCAGCCGCGACGUCAACCCCAUCAACUGCCACUCGAGCGACGACAAAAAUGCUCACUUCACCAUCGACCUCGGCCUUUUCGUGUACCCCAACGCCUAUUCCCUUCGUCAUGCCCGUGGAUAUGGACGCUCAGCGUUGCGCAACUGGCUUCUCCAAGUAGUUUUUUGGGAUUUUUUGGGGUUUUGACCGAAAAAUGGAGAAAAACUGAAGUGAAAAUCUGGAAUUACCCAGGUGUUUGAGAAGAAAAAGUGGUUGUAGGUUGUAGAAGGAGAAGCUCAGGAAUUUUCUCAACAAGUGGUCGCUUCAGAAAUUUCUUUAUUGAUGAAAAGCCUUUCUUUAGACCCCUAAAGCAUCAGGAGUAAAUGAUGGAUUGUUGAAUCAAGUAGUCCUCUCAAGUGGUCACUUCAGAAGGCUCUUCAAUAUUGCCGGCCUGCAAAAAAAAAAGUUUUUUUUGAAAGACUUCUAGCUGAAGCGGUUAUUUUUUUGUUUCAAAAGAAGAUCAUUUUCGCUGCCUCUAGUGGCCACUUCAGAAAGGCACUUAAUAAAGAAUUUUCUUGAAAGACAUUUAGCUUCUUAUUUAAGCUUUACUUUGAAAACUAUCAUUUUUAUUGACUAGGCAAUUAUAACUUUCAUGGUUCUCUUCCUCCACGCCACAGAUCUGUCUGUGAGCGAAAAAUAAACAUAGUAAAUGUUUCGAUCUGAAAAAUUCAUUUCAACGUUCAUUCCAGGGUUCCAAAGACAAGCAAAAUUGGGAGGUUAUUCACGCUCACACCGAUGACACCAGCCUCGGUGAGCCCGGAUCGACAGCUAGCUGGCAUUUGGAGGAACGGAAAGACCGCGGUAAAUCGACCAGAAUAAAAAUUCAGAUCAGACUCUACCUCUUCCAGGACCCUUCCGCUUCAUCCGAAUCGCGCAGAACGGCAAGAACUCCUCCGGCCAGACUCACUACCUCAGCAUUUCUGGCUUUGAAAUCUAUGGAGACGUCGUCGAUGUCAUCGCAGAGAGCCUGAGUGGCGAUGAGAAGUCGCCGAAAGAAAAGUCGAAGCUCAAGAUUCCGACCCUCGAGUGGAAGACGCCUUCCAGGGGCAAUGAGGUAGUAGAAGUUAUAGUUUAGCUGGAAAAGUAGAAAAUAGCUCAUUCACUGCUGGAUUGAGGUAAUUUUCAAUGAGGAUUUUUGACUUGAAAUUAACACAAAAAUAAGUCUCCUCUGUGGAAAUAAUUAUGAAAAGAGAUACAACAAGACUUCGAUUCCUGAAGUUUGAAAAAUUUAACAACGAAGGAAAAAAUGUUCUAUAGAUGUGCUGAAAAGCGUUAGAAGGAGUAUUUUGAGGAGUAGUGUGAAUAUUAACAAGCUAACGGUGCGAGAGAUCAGCGGCAGUCAGAAGAGACGUCAGAGAAGUCAGAGGACAUUAUUUCUCUGUCGUCUCUUCAUUUCCCGCGAAUCUCGUUUUUAAACUCCUUUUCUUGAAAAUUUUCAGUUUUGAUCCUUCCACAAAGAACCUCAUUUCAAUGGUGGAAUUUUUUUGAAUUUUCCUUCUCCUUAGAAAUUUCAACGUAUCUGCCCAAUCAAAAACCGAGCUUUUUGAGAGCUCUUUAUUAGUAUCUUUUCACGCAAGCUUCAAGAUAAUUUUUUCAACGGAGUCUUUUUUUUUCAGUCGAGCAGCAGCGGAAGCGGCCGGUCCAGCACCGUCGUUCAGCCUGGCGUCUCUGCAAGCGCCAUGGUCGCUCACAUGCCUCAGGGCAAGAACAACAACAAGCUGAAGGCUGGCCUCUCCGUCGAAACGGUCGCUCUGAUGCAGUCGCGUCUCCGAAUGCGCAUGUCGCGUCAGAACAAGGGAGGCGCGUCGUCGGCCAACGAUCCGCGUGGAAUGCGUGUCGUGCGCGGCAAGGACUGGCGCUGGGAAGAUCAGGACGGCGGCGCAGGCUCCCAAGGCCGCGUCGUCAGUGGCGCCGAAGCUGGAUGGGUCGACGUCCUCUGGGACAACGGCCACACGAACUCGUACCGUUACGGCGCCGAAGGACACUUUGACAUUGAGAACGUCAACGCGAGUGGUGGAUCCAGCACUCCGACCAGUGCUACUCCGUCCUCGGUGGGUUUUUCGGAGACUUCUGAAGGAAAUAGUUUGCUCUGAAGCGAUUGGAGCAGUGAAACCGAUUCUGCAGUCAUAAGCAAGUAGAGUUCCGAAAAACUGUCAAAACUGAUUUUUCAAGCUUUUCUUGAAUAUCCAGUAUCGAGCGUUCUGAAGCGAUUGUAAUAAGAAGAUUGCUUCAGAAGUCCUUUCAAAUAAUCAGAAGACGUUUAUUUAAUCGAAUUCCCCUAAAUUCCUUUUUUACUAAUUUUAUGGACCAGAAUAAUGGCUUCUGAAACACUUUUUGAAGAUAGAAAAAAAUUAUUCGAAGUUUUUUCUUCUCCCAUAGUUUAGUGGACUUAAAAAAGUGUAGUAAACUGGCGAGUUAAUAGAAAUUUUUGAACUUGGAAUCUUUGCUCUGAAGCUAUCAAGAAUUUUUCCUGCUUCUUUUCGUACUCGGAGUAAAUUUUUUCGAGCAAGGAUAACCCCAAGUUCUUUUCAAAAUCACGAACACAAGACAAGCUGCGUCUUCCAGGUCUUCGACGCGGUCCGAACUCGCAGCCGUGGCCUGAUGGCGAAGACGAGCCGCUCAGGAACGACAGGUAUGCGAAUUAGGGUAAAGCCUUGGCGCAAUGGUAGUGGUGGUGGAGGUGCCGGAAACAACGGCGGCAGUACUCUCUCCUCGUUCGCCUCGGGCCUUGGGUUCGGGUUAAACAAGCAGAAAAAGACGACAGGUACCUCGCAUGAUCGAACCGAUCUCACUAUCCGUAGACUGGCCGACUAUCUACCGAAUUUGAAAAUUUUAGGGAGGGAUGGUUGCGAUCAAAAUUUUCACAUGGUAGAGAUUGAAAGACCAUGAUGGCUAGACAGUUUUCAAGCGUUUGCAAUGAACUCCUGACCACAGAACGACUUGCGCUCAUUGGAACUUGAAAGCUUUGAAGCGUUACCGAUUUUUAGGCGCAUUUUAGAGUUUCAACUUAAACUUAAGCUCGUUAAACCUUUGAUUCCGAUACAAAGACAGUUCUCCAAGUUCCGGUUCAUUUUUUACAGCAUUCUGGUCCUUUUUGUAGCGUUAUGAUCCUUUAAAGGCACAGGGCGUGACUUGAACUUGCCUGAAGCCUCUAUCAAUGAGAAAAGAAGUCUUUUUUGCCAUUCCUUAGUCUAACAGAGUUAGAAAGUGAGCAAGUUUUGACUUCUGUUGAAGAAUUUCAAAGCUUAGCUUGUCAUAAAUUAGAUCAGGAAAAAUAUUAUUCAUGAUUGAAAUUUAGUUGUAAUUAUCUGAAGGAGCCACGGAAUCAAAUACUUUUAAAUGAAAUAUUUGUUCUUUUUUUUUCUGAAAAAUUAUUUUCAAUAGCCUUCUCAAAAACUGCCUUGAGCUUGAUAGGAGAAUGAUUCAUAUGAAAGUUUAGAUCACUCCAAACAAAACUCUAAAUAAUUCGGUAGAUAGUAUGCCAUUUUUAUCGAUCGUGUUGUGUUUGGUCAACUGUUGUCGUCGUUAUUUUUUGGCCGUCGUGGUGGCUUCUAUCGCACUAUCCUUUUCAUUUUCUUUUUUUCAAUUAUCCUCAUUCAUUCAUAUGUCUCCCUAUUUUCUUCAUUUUCUAGCUUCACCCGCCACCUCGACGCCUUUCUCGCGUUUCUCGACACCCCGUGGAACAGCUACUAAUGCUUCGGCCGCUGCGUCUUCUUCAACUUCUACGCCUGGAGCCGCAAAUUCUGGAAGCAUUGGUAUCUUUUAGUGGUUAUUUAAAACAGUUUUAGAGAUUUAGGUCUGAAAAAUUGCCUAUUAGGUGGAUAUUUACUCGAAUUGAAAUGCUCAUAAAGGAAUUUUCGCAUGUAUUGUUCCAUUUUGCGUGGGAAAUUUUCGAAAAAUGCGUUUUUCUAAUCAUUUUGACCAAAAGGUAACCUUGAAGACAGACUUCUAUUUUUGAUAGCGGCGCAAAAACUUUGAGCCAUUCACGUGCGAAUGCAGUGUCGCGAGUCGUAAGGACUAUUGAGAAAUUAUAAAAAAUUAUAGUUUAUCAGCAUUUUUUUCCAGGCAAGAAGUCCAUGUCAACUACCAACCUCGUCGACGAGAAACAGCGCCGAAGCGGUGUCUCUGUCGCCUCCACUGGACAAGCUGCCAGCGCCGAAUCUCUGCAACACCAGACUCCGUCGCUUGAGAAUCUCCUCGCCCACGCCAGACCUCCCACUUUCGGCCGCAUCGCUGAGAAUCAAGAACAAGAGGUUUUUGACAAGAAAAACUGAACCUUGAAUAAUUUUUUCUUGAAGGAUCGCGAAGACGAGCCGAUGGGCGGAGAGGAAAGCGAUUCGGCUGCCAGCAUGCAUUCUGCCGCCAGCUCCCACGCCGACAUGUCCAUCAGCUCUUCGCAAUCUUCCGUCGCCGUCGACUUGACGCCUAGAGACUCGGCCGGCACCCCCUCGACGCCCCAGGGCGAGAAAAUGAACAACCUGUCGGUCUCGGCGCCGGAUCUCGCCGCCGCGAGGCAGAGACAGCAGUCUUCCGACACGGCCGACACUGCCGACAAGCAGGCGACUGACGAGGAGGAGGCUGUGGACGACGAGGACGAAGACGAGGAGGAAGAGGAGGAGGCUGAAGGUGAGGGAGUGGAAAAAAGGCCGUUAUUGGUCAAUGUGCGCUUUAUGGAUAAAGUUUCCCUUGGGUGAAAUGAAACUAGGAAAUCGGCCAGGAUCAUCUUUUUUUAUUCCUUAGAAUGGUUAGGAGUUUUUGCAAUCUACUCAAAAUUUUGGAGUUCUCUGAAAAUUUGCAAAGAAGUGCUAGAUUAAGGUUUUGAAAGUCUCUUACCCUAAGAAAAUUCCUAAUUUUUCCGAGGAGAAACUUCAGACUUACAGCUCUUUCACAGCGUAUUGAUCCAAUGCCUGGAAAAAAAAAUCGAAUUCCUAGGGAUAAAUUUCAACGAAGAAAUAAAAAACUGUCUUUUUCAGACAUGGUCCUGGACGCUCUCCAAAACACGGGAGAACGACGAAUCAUCGAACGUCUCCGUGAGGUCCUCGGCACUGAAGAAAGCCUCGACCAGCUCCUCGGCGUUACCGUUGCCUCGACCUCCGCCGCCCAGGAAACCUCGUCUUCCAGCAGCGCCACCACAAACGCGCCGCCCAAGAAAAAGUCGCUCAAAUCCAAGAUCGGAAGCUACGCCGACGUGAUCAAAGGACUCAUGCAGACGGUAGAAUUCAGGGUAUUUACAAAAGAGGUGAAGUUUGGAGGUCUCUAUGUUUUUGUCAAAAAAUCUUCAAAUGUCGUCGGGUCUACCUGCGCAAACUUUUAGUGUUGGAGGUGUUCAAUUUCAAAGAUGCGGGAGGGGGGCUUAAAAAUAAUUUAAAAAGUAUUAAUUAAAAAGUAAAAAAAAAAAGUAUCGAAUAAGAAAGAAAUUUCAUAGGGACAUCCAAACUUGACACAAAAAUGACCUCUUCUAUAAGAAGAAUAACAAGUGGAAUAUUGUUCAGAUGAUGGAUCCUUCGUCGAAUUCGAUGGAAAUGGAUGAAAUGAUGGACGACGACGAUUACUAUGACUAUUCGGAAGAGGGCAACGAGGAUGAGACUGAUGAUGUUAGUGCGAAGAAAAAUGAGACGAUUAAGGUUCAGGAGAUGAAAAAUGGAAAAGAAACUGGGAAACAGAAAAUUUUACGAGAUAGUGUAGUAAAACGAGAACUGAUUUUUCCAAUUUUUCCAUUAGAUCUAGACUCUUUUUUCGCACAAUUUCCUCAAAAAUGACAAAAAUGACUUAAUAAAGGUGUCAAGAAUGCUUUUUUCGGAUGAAAAUUUAAAAUUUCUGGGUUUUUAGUGGCUUGAAAAGCAUUGAAGUCUUCAAAAUAAAAUUCUCCAAAAAUUAAAAAUCAACACUUAAAGUUUAGAGAGUAUAGUUGAAACUCCUCAUUUAGCCAUAGAAUCUAAGUCCGAGAUCUUAAAUUUUGAUGAAAUUGAAGGAAGCUUCGUAAAUUGAGAAAUUAUCACCAGAAGAUGUUGUUUUUCAUCAAUUCGUGAUCAUUAGAUAUGAUACGAUUUUCAUUAAUCAUAGAAAAAUGUUGUAAUUUUCGAAACUUCAUUUUUCCAAAUUUUUCAGCGUCGCCAGGAGUUGGCUGCUCAACUUGGACUGCCCUUCGAAUCGUUCUCUUCGAUGAUUUCUUCUCGAGGAACUCUCAGCUGGAAGCAGGUGAUAAAUGCAUUUCGAGAAUCUAUGCGCUUUCUAAUUCCACCGAAAUGUCCCCAUUUUGAAGCUCUCCCAACUGAUGACCGGCUCCUCUGGCCGUGACCGAUCCUCCGGCCGAGCUGGGCAAUCGUCGGGCCGUGGAUGGGAGGACGAACUCGUGGUGAAGUGCCAGUACCCGGCUCUCAUCCCGGCCUUCGACCCUCGCCCUGGCCGCUCCAACGUCAACCAGACACUCGACGUCGAACUCCCGACCGUCGUCCAGGAAGCCUCCAAAGUUUCCUGUGUCAGCAUGGUGAAUAUAAAGUCACAUCUAAAAAAUGAUUUUGGGAAAAUUUUGAGCCAUUUCCUGUGUCAGCAUGGUGAAUAUAAAGUCACAUCUAAAAAUGAUUUUGGGAAAAUUUUGAGCCAUUCCAAGUGCGGUCGUGGCAUUUUUAUUACCACUAAUGUUCAGAAAAUAUGUUAGAAAUGGGCAGAAGUUUCCGAUGUUUGAUUCCUUAAAGAAAUCGCCACAUUUGAGCCAUUCCAAAUGCGGUCAUGGUGUUCUUAUUAUCAGUUAUGUUAGGAAAAAUAUGUUAGAAAUGAGCUAAAAUUUCUAAUUUAUGAUCCCUAAAGGGAGCGCCACACUUAAGCCAUUCCAAAUGCGGUCAUGGCAUUCUUAUGACCAUUUUUGUUAGGGAAAUAUGUAAAAAAAGAGGGCUGAAGUUUCAAAUUUUGAUUACUCAAAGGGAGCGCCACACUUAAGCUGUUCCAAGUGCGGUCGUGGCAUUUUUAUUGCCAUUUAUCUUAGAGAAAUAUGUUAGAAAUGGAAUAAAUUUUCAAGUUUUUGAAUUCUUAAAGGGCGCACCAUUUUUUAGCCAUUCCAAAUGCGGUCAUGACCUUCCAAUUUCCACCUUUGAAAGAAAAAAAAAAGUUCCGGAAUAAAGCUCCGGAAUAUUCAAAGUUUUGAAACGUUUCAUUUGACAAUUUGAAAUUCAGAGCGAAGAACAACAACUCCGUCUGUACCUCCGUGGACCCAACAUGAGCGGUGUCAAUAACAUCACGAUCGAGAUGAAGGACGACGACGCCUCGGUCUUCAAAUACGUCCAGUACCUCGUCAACACGGUCAAUUGGACGACGGUGAGUUGGGAGAUAGAAAGGAGAAGAAAAAUGAAUAGUUUGAAGGUUAUGAGCCAUAGAUCAAUAUCAUUUUUCAGAAGAGCGACAGAACCCGCCGAAUCUGGGAGCCGACCUACACGGUCAUCUACGAAGACGCGUCUGAAGCCAAGAGCUCCAUCGUCGCCGAUGAGCUUCUCCCGGAGGAAGACGCGAUCCCGCCUCAAGUCAAGAACGUAAGAAGCCCUUUCCCGCCCAUCCAAACCCUAUUUUUGACCAUUUUCAGUGCCUGGAAGUGAUUGGCCGCCUGUCCCGUAUCGGCGAACUCAUGCCUGAGGCCACCAUCAGCCCGACGGUCUUCAUCAGCGACAAGCUCACCCUGAAGCUGACCCAAGAACUCUCGGAUGCUCUGGUUGUCGCGGCGCGAAGCCUGCCCGAAUGGUGCUCGCACCUCGUCUACUCCUACCCGUGCCUCUUCUCCGUCGACACGCGCAACAUGUACAUGCAGGCGACCGCCUUUGGCGUCUCGCGAACCGUCGUCUGGCUUCAGUCGCGCCGCGACGCUGCCUUGGAACGCGCUCGUGGAGGCGCACAAUCCGCGACCAGCGGCUCCAGCCGUCCCCACGAUCGCUACCAUGAGUAUCGCGUCGGACGCCUCCGACACGAACGCGUCAAGGUCACAAGAUCCGAGGAGCUUCUCCUCGACCAGGCCGUUCGCCUCAUGAAGUUCCAUGCCAUGAGGAAAGCCGUCCUGGAGAUUGAAUACACGAAUGAGGAGGGCACCGGAUUGGGACCCACCCUGGAGUUCUAUGCUUUGGUGAGUUUUAAGAACGGCUGAAAUUUUAGAUCAGUUUCAAAAAGACAUGAGCUUUCUAGGCUACUUGUGGAUUUGAAGUUUUCCUUUUCGACAAAAGGAGAUCCUACUUAAAAAUUGGAAAAUGCAAUCUGAAAUCUGAAUGAAAAACUGCAUUCAAAAGAAUUUUUGUUCUUCAUUAUUCCUUGAAGAUUAGCCAAGAGAGUCUCUUGAGUUAGAAGUUUUUCCAUAGCUGAUUCACGACUGACUUGAGCCAUUGAAUAAAGGGUCCUGACACGAUAAUGCACGAGAUAGUGCCUGGCUCGUGGAGAGCUCAGACAUGUGACGCCCCUUUAGCGUCCCAAGCUAGCCGUGAAUCAGCUAGAUUUGAGCUUCGAUAAGUCAGUUUUUGACCGAGGUUCGGAUGAUUUUCAAAUUCUAGUAAAGAUUAUAAUGUUCUAUUGCUUGUAAUUUUCUUCAAAAUGCUCGAAGAACCCCUUUUUUGAGCUCUUGAUCAAAAUUUUUGACUUUUCAGGUUGCGGCCGAAAUCCAACGCAAGGCGCUGGCCAUCUGGGUCUGCGACGACGACGACACUCAACCGAAGAACGAAGAACGUGAGCUGGACCUCGGCGAGGGCAAGAAACCCGCUGGAUACUACGUCCGACGACCUGGCGGCCUUUUCCCUGCCCCUCUGCCGCCUCACACGGACGAAGUCAAGGAGGCCGCUGAGAUGUUCCGCGUCCUGGGAAUCUUCUUGGCCAAGGUCCUCCAAGACGGCCGUCUUGUUGAUCUGCCCCUCUCCCGGCCAUUCAUCAAGCUGCUGGUUCAUCCGCAGGUGAACAACGACUCGGAGGCCAACCCGCUUCGUGUCCUCACCCUGGACGAUUUUGAAGAAGUCAACCCGGUCAAAGGUAAGCGUUUUUGGUUUAUUUGUGAAGGAAAAACUUCUUUGGCGGUUUUCUGAGUUUUAUAGGUUUGAGAGAGGUUUUAAAGGAUUAAAUAUUUAAAAAAGACUUGAAGAUUUUUUCAGAAGUUACUAGGAGUCAAGGUUUUACUAUAAAUGUUUCAUUAAAAAAACAUAUUUUGAUAAAAAAAUUUUUGCUUCUUUUGGUCUUUUUUUGGAAAUCAGAAGACUGAGGGUUAUUUUUUUUUGAGAGUUGAAGGGAUCAGAUUUUAAAAAGAAAGUGGAGGAGAAAGUAAAAAAAAGUGGAAAUUUCACAGCUUGACGUAACCAGAAACUGUUUCGUGUAGUUUUUUUCAUUGAUUUCUUUCUUCUUCUUCAAAUUUGAAGCGUUUUUUUCCAUCUGAAACAUUCUCUAGAACAAAAAAACCAUUUUCAGGAGGCUUCCUCAAGGAACUCCGCGCGCUUGCCCAACGCAAACGAGCCAUAGAGAACGAGCCGAACUUGGAUCUGAACGCCAAGAGAAGGAAGAUUGGCGAACUGAAGCUGCAUGUCAAGGGAACCAGCUGUCGUGUUGAAGAACUCGCCUUGAGUUUCACGUUAGUAAUUGGAAAAAAAGUUUUAAAGGGGAUAUGGAAAAUAGAAAUGAGAAAUUUGAAAAAUCACGUGAGAACUUGUUAAUGGAGCAAUUUUGCCGCUCAUUUUUAAGCCAUUGGCCUAAAGAAAUUUCCUACUUCCACGUAGAUUUUAUGAAUCCCGAUGAAAGUAUUCACAAGGUGCCCUCAAAACCUUUCGAAAUUGUAAAAAAAAAACCUCCAAAACUUUCAUUUUCAGUGUACAUCAUUUUUGCAAAGUGUUCCUUUUGAAAGAUGAGAGCAGUCUAAACAAAAAGUAUAGAAAAAAAUAAUCGAAAAAUCACGUCGGAACUUGCCCAUAGAGCGCUGCCCGCUGUGAAGUGAACUUUUCGGUCUGAGUUUUCAGUCUUUUAACUUUAAAAACAUGGAAUUUACAGAGUAGAUUUCACGGAUUUCAUUAGACAUUUUACAAGAUGCCUUCAAACCUAAAAAAAAAACGAAAAUUUCUGAAAUUUCUCCUUUUUUAGUGUCAACCCUCCCUCCAAAGUGUUCAAGUACGAAGAAAUGGAGCUGGUCGAAGGUGGAGCCGACAUUGACGUCACCAUGGACAAUGUCGAGCAAUACGUCGAGAAAUGCGAGGACUUCUACCUGAACAGUGGAAUCGCCCAUCAGGUAACAAGGCUCAGAAAAAUAAUCGAAAAAAAAGUGAGAAGGUAGAAAAUUUGGUAGAUCUAGAUUUUACUCCAUUUUUUAAUCAAUUCAUUUUUUUAAAAUCAAUUUUAUUGGAAGCGAAAAAAAUCAGUAUUGUUCGGGUCCAAUAUGAAAGUUGGAUAAUUGAUCUUCUGAACGAUAUUCAUUUAUUUUUCACAUCAUCGAAAUCCUCAGAUGCGAGCCUUCCGCGAAGGAUUCGACCGCGUCUUCCCGCUGAGCACCCUGAGAGCCUACAGCCCCGAAGAAGUCCAAAGGCUUCUCUCGGGCGAGCAAUGUCCCGAGUGGACCCGCGAAGACGUCCUCAACUUCACCGAGCCGAAGCUCGGCUACACCCGAGAAUCGCCCGGCUUCCUGCGUUUCGUCGACGUCAUGGUCGGCCUCAACGGACAGGAGCGCAAGAACUUCCUCCAGUUCGCCACCGGAUGCUCCAGUCUGCCUCCAGGUGAGGCUUGGGAAGAUUGAUGAACGGGAAAAUAGGAUACAUUUAUAAUGAAUGUUUAAGGAAAUCUUGGGGCUCACUUUUUAUGGAAUUUGAAAGCUUAUAGCUAGUUUUGUGAGCGUUUUAAAAGCUCAGAGCAGUUCUGAAAAUGAUAAAGUGUGGGAAGACCAUGAAAAGUAGGGCAAUUGGGUUGAAAGUAAUAAGUUAUAAGAAAAUUAAUAAAUUGGAAACAUGAAAGUUAGCUUUGAACGUAGUUAGAUUGGAGUUGCUCUAAAAGAGAUUAUGAAUAUAAAAAUUGAUUCUCAAGGUAUCUAGAAAAUCUAGAACUAAUUCUAGCCCCUAAAGUUCACUCUGACAGAGUUUUAGCGACUCUGAACCAGCCAAAUGAACUUUUGAACUGAAAUAUCCAAUUCAAAGAAACCUUCAAUUUUUUUCAGGCGGUCUUGCCAACCUUCACCCAAGGCUGACUGUUGUCCGCAAGGUUGAGAGCGGAGAUGGCAGCUACCCAUCGGUAACUGAUCAACCUCCCUUUCCCAAUCAAUUAUCAAUCUUUUCAGGUGAACACCUGUGUCCACUACCUGAAGCUUCCGGAGUACUCGUCGGCCGACAUUCUCCGCGAACGACUCCUGACGGCCGUCAACGAAAAGGGCUUCCACCUCAACUAG